AUGGCGGCGAAACCUCCAAAGGACCCAUUACUCGUGGUCCUAGGCGCCACAGGCACUGGCAAGUCUCAGCUUGCUGUCGACCUGGCAAAAAGAUUCAAUGGUGAGAUCAUCAACGGCGAUGCCAUGCAGAUGUACGAUGGUCUACCCAUCAUCACGAACAAGAUCACGAUCGAAGAGCAGCAAGGAAUUCCACAUCAUCUGCUUGGCUUUAUUGCGCUGAACGAGGAGCCAUGGAGAGUGGGCUUGUUCAAGAAGAAAGCGGGACAGAUCAUAAGGGAGAUUCGAUUGAGAGGGAGGCUGCCGAUUGUGGUUGGAGGGACACACUACUACACGCAGUCUCUGCUGUUCGAGGACUCGCUGUUGGGGAAACCGGACGAGAGGGAGGAGCAAGACAGUACGGUAUAUUCAAACGAAGAGGUUUUAGAGAAGUUUCCGAUUCUUGGAGGGCCUACAGAAAUUAUGAUCGAGCGUUUGAGGGAGGUGGAUCCUGUGAUGGCGGAUCGAUGGCACCCGAAGGACAGACGAAAGAUCCGACGGUCUCUGGAGAUAUUUCUGACAACUGGGAGGAAAGCGUCGGAGCUCUACGCCGAACAGAAGAAGCGAAAGCUUCAUGGGGACGUCGAGAACGGUAAUUCUACAAAUGUCGUGGGCGAUGGUUCGACCCUCUUAUUCUGGGUACACGCCAGGUCAGAGACUCUGAAACAACGGUUGGACACUCGAGUUGACAAGAUGAUCGAUGCUGGCCUUCUGGACGAAGUCAAAUUGAUGGCGGGUUUUCUAAAGGUGCAUUCACAAGCAGGAAGUCCAGUAGACCGAACUCGCGGCAUCUGGGUCUCAAUCGGCUGGAAAGAAUUCGAAGCUUAUCUUAAGGCUUUUGGGACCGGAACUACUUCUCAAGAGGAUCUGCUGAAGCUUCACGAUCUAUCUAUUGAGCAAACGAAGGCCGCUACUCGCCAAUACGCAAAGCGUCAAGUCCGAUGGAUUCGUCUGAACCUGAUGACAGCUUUAUCGGACGAGAAUGCUCUGAAUAAGCUGUACCUGCUCGAUGGAACAGACAUCAGUCGAUGGACAGAGGUUGUCUCAGACCCUGCCAUCGAUGUUGCUGCCAGAUUCUUAGAAGGCAGCGAGCUGCCUCCUCCUUAUGAGCUGUCUCAGGCAGCUCAAAAUAUUCUGGCCCCAACCGACGGUCUCGAUGAAAAACCUGACGUAUGGUUCCGUCAAGAAUGUGAGGUAUGCCAUAUGGUAGCCGUCAACAAUAUUCAAUGGCAGACUCACCUCAAAAGUCGUCGUCAUCGAGCGCUGGUCAAGAAGAAGCAGAAGAACGAAGCAAGCGGUAGGUCUUCCAAUCUGAAGGAUGAAAGCAUCUCAGCAGAGGAUACGUCUUGA